GUCACAGAAUUAGAAAAUUUUGCAGAAUAAGAAAACAAACAGAAACUUCGUUUUUCCUUAAAAUGUGUAAUUUUUUCUCAGUAAAUUAGUUAACAAAAUUAACCACCAUUAUUUAAUCCUGAUCCUAAUCCAAAUCCAACAAUAUUAUUUUAUUAUCUCUUCGUUUUCAGAGAUAAAAAUCAUAAGUCUCCAUUCCCAAGAAAUUUAUUAGUCAUUACUCUGUUUUCUCUGUUAUUUCUCAGUAUCAGGAUAAACUUAGAAUCGGGAGAAAAAAAUGGAUCAGAAAGGAGAACAAGUAUACGUGGGAUCAAUUGAUCAAGGAACAACAAGUACAAGAUUUAUAAUCUAUGAUAAAUCAGCUAAAACUAUUGCAUCUCAUCAAACUGAAUUCACACAGUUUUAUCCUGAAUCAGGAUGGGUAGAACACAACCCAAUAGAGAUAUUAGAAAGUGUGAGACUUUGUAUGGCAAAAGCAUUAGAUAAAGCAACAGCUGAUGGAUAUAAUGUUGAUGAAGGAUUAAAAGCUAUUGGGAUUACAAAUCAGAGAGAAACUACUCUUGUUUGGAGUAAAUCUUCUGGUUUACCUCUACAUAAUGCUAUUGUAUGGAUGGAUGCCAGAACUACUAGUAUUUGCAGGAGAUUAGAAAAAGAAUUAUCAGGAGGAAGAACUCAUUUUGUGGAAACAUGUGGAUUGCCGAUUAGUACAUACUUUAGUGCAUUGAAACUUCUUUGGUUAAUGGAAAAUGUUGAAGCAGUGAAAACAGCUAUAAAGAAUGGGGAUGCCUUGUUCGGAACAAUCGAUACAUGGUUGAUCUGGAAUUUAACUGGUGGUUGUGGUGGAGAACAAACCGAACCAGGUUUACACGUAACUGAUGUUUCGAAUGCAUCUAGAACGAUGCUCAUGAACAUCAAAAGUUUGAGUUGGGAUGAACCUACAUUGGAAACUUUAGGAAUUCCAAUUGAAAUCUUACCGAAAAUCAUUAGUAAUUCAGAAGUUAUUGGUAAAAUCGGAAUAGGAUGGCCAAUUACUGGUAUUCCAAUUUCUGGAUGUCUUGGUGAUCAACAUGCUGCAAUGGUUGGUCAGGCUUGUAAGAAAGGCGAGGCGAAGAGCACUUAUGGAACUGGUGCUUUUAUAUUGUUGAAUACUGGUGAGGAAGCUGUCACUUCAACCCAUGGGUUACUGACUACUCUCGCUUACAAACUCGGUCCUAAUGCACCGACGAAUUAUGCUUUGGAGGGUUCGAUUGCUAUUGCUGGUGCAGCAGUUCAAUGGCUAAGGGAUAGUCUUGGUAUAAUUCAGAGUGCUAGUGAGAUUGAGGAACUGGCAGGGAAAGUUGAGAACACUGGUGGAGUUUAUUUUGUUCCUGCGUUUAAUGGUCUAUUUGCACCAUGGUGGCGUGAUGAUGCUCGUGGGAUUUGUAUCGGGAUCACAAGAUUUACUAACAAAUCUCACAUCGCACGUUCUGUUCUCGAGAGCAUGUGUUUUCAGGUUAAAGAUGUCUUAGACUCAAUGCACAAGGAUGCUGGGGAAAAGGGCGAAGUGAAAAAUGAGAAUGGAGAUUUUGUGCUCAGAGUUGAUGGCGGGGCAACUAUUAACAAUCUAUUGAUGCAAAUUCAGGCGGAUUUGUUGGGAUGUCCAGUCGUUAGACCAGCUAACAUUGAAACCACAGCUCUUGGAGCAGCCUAUGCUGCUGGGUUAGCGGUGGGAGUCUGGACAGAAGAAGAUGUCUUUUCUGAUGAAGCGAAACAAGAGAAACCUGCCACUUUCCAGCCUAACUUGGAUGAGGAGCUAAGGAAGAAAAAAGUGGAGUCUUGGUGUAAAGCUGUCUCGAGAACUUUCAAUUUGGCCGACCUUUCCCUCUAAAUCCCUCCCCCCUUGCACUAUUUAUUGUCUGUCAAUUUCUUCUGUUAAUUUUUUUUCUUAAUCAGCUUUUCUGUUAGUGUUUUACUUUCUUCAUUUCUUUCAAUUAUGAACUUGAAACUUUUGGAAUAAUGAACCUGUAUCGCAGCAUAUUGGGAUUGGGCUAUUCAAAGUUGAUAAUGAAGCGUUGUUGUUCAUA